AUGGACAUCGUAGCUUCUGCUCAAGCCGCCGCGACGCUAGCUGGCAUGUUUCUCGAAAUUGUACAGGUCACAAAGCAUGUUAUCGAGAACAUGAAAGGAGCACGAGCUAGUCUAGUGGAAAGGUUCACUCGCGCAGAACGCAUCCGUCUAAACCUGGAGCUCUUCCGCAGUGGCUGUCAGCUCGCGGUCGAGGGUUACGAUAUCGUUUGUGAGAUUACGGGCAAGAGCCUGAAAGCUGCAUAUGACACGAUUCGCGACAAAUGUGGAACCAAAUGUGGUGUUGCCGAAUUCGGGAAUGACUGUCAGGUCGGGAUGGCGACUUGGGAGGAUGGAUCAUGCGGCACGACUGCUAAGGGUGGCAUUGACCUGACCAAUCCUGCUAAUUGGAACUGA